CUUCACACGAAAUGCCCAGGUAAAUCUAUUUAUCGAAGCUGCCCUACAAACUUGUUGACGCGCUAUUUCUUUUAGCGCCUUCAUCUCUCGAUACUUUCGAUUCAGUUGCUAGCGAUCUGAUUAAACUAGAAAGUGGUUUGUAAGAAACAAAUGAAAGAACGUAGCAACGUCGGUAGUAGUUGGGGAAAGUUAUGUACCUAAAAAGUUCAUCCCAGUAACGGGUAGAAAGACAGACUAUUGUUCCGUGUGAACGUACCACCGCACCAGAUAGCAUCUGCGCCAGGGAAUCCGUGACGGCGAGCUGUAUGGUCAGGCCGCCCUUCUGCCGCCUCCUAGUAUGUGGGUUAUGCAUGCCUUUGAUGGUUUCCGUCAUUUGCAGUAUUCACCCCUCCGAUUGGUGUCGCACUUGCCCGCGGAAACAACAGUUACUAGUGGAAAGCGGUGCGAUUCUCAAAUUUCUCCCUCCGGUUUGCACAGGGUGCCGAGAACCGGUCAAGUCUCCAUGCCAGUCUUUGUCCUAGGGUUUCUUGGUGCGCACUGCACGGCCUUGGAUAGCUGGGUAAAGGAUU